AUGGUUCAUCCAAUUUUUGGUUGUCUCUCUGAUGAUUGUGUUCUCAAUUUUGGUCUCUAUACAAAAUGUUCUGAACUAAUUCCUUCUUCGCUUCAAUCGGGUGCUGAUACUAUUGAAGAAUCUUCAACAUAUGCAUCGAAAGUUUCAUCAAAGACGACUGCUUCCACUGAGAAACUUCCAUUAAAGAAUACAAAAUAUUCAGCAGCAGAUCCACCUUCAUUCACCGACUACAUGUAA